UUUUCCCCCUCCCUCAUCUUCUCCUCCCUCAUCUUCCCCUCCUCUUUCUUUGCCUUGCGCUUUAUUCAUUUUGAUACCCUUUCGAUCUCCAUUCAAUUUUUGCGACCGACGAUGACCUUCCCUUACCUUGUAAUCAAUUCUUUCAAUAUUCUACCCAGAAAGUUGCCUUUUUCGAUUGUUACCUGAGCUAGGACGGAAAUCAAAUUCCACUUUUGACAAAGCCUCAAUCCGAUCAAAUCCAACGAAAAUCAAAAAUCUACGACUGGAUAAGAAAAUCAUAAGAUCAAAAUUUGAUCCAUCCGAAGCGCCAACACCCCAGAAGUUCGAGACGCCCUGGCCAUCUUUGAGCCACCUUUAAGUUUGAAGCACCUUUUGAAGAAUUACUUCACAUCCAAUCGAUUCCGUGGCAAUUCGACUACUACCUACAGUAACACUCUUGGUAUACCAAGCUACUGUCAAACCCUUUGCAACUCUCAUCAUCCAUUCUGUACCUACUGCACUGUACUGUGCUGUACGUGCUAUCCUUACCAUCGGGAAAAGUACAACCAACAAACAACACUCUCCGCAUCUUCACCACAUUGUUGCACUCAAUGCAUGCUGGAGGAGGUACCUUGCUGUUCUGUGAAAUCAUCACUACAUCUCUUGCCUUACAACAAUUGGAGUAACUUUACGUUUUACCCAUACCUGUCAUACUACUCUAUCAAACUCUGUAUGUUGAUCAAACGAACUCUGUCAAAAGAUCCAACAACUUUUAUCUCAAAAGGGGAAAAAAGAAAAGAAGAACCCGACUUGAGCUCAGGGUUUUUCCUUCUUGCUUUCUAUCAACUAUUCGACUUUUUUUUUUUUACCUGAUACAUGCCGGUCCACUAUAGCUCGAAUAGCCAAGGGAUACGUACUUUCGGGCCACUUCCUUGCUUCCACACAUCCUAUUUUCUCGUGCUCGGCAUAUCGCCGUCUUACAAUUCCCAUCCUUUUCCUCCCGCUCAGCCUUCAUACCGUACAUACAGUACGUAAAGUACAAAUUCCAUCCAUCACCUUAUUUGCGCUUGCUUUCCGCUCUCUUCCUUCUAUUGCUGUGCCACCAUCUUUCCCUACGCAACCGCAAGGAUAUCUCACAAUACAUCUGGCUUUUUCGUCUUCAUCUUGACGCUUUUUCAGUACCAUUAAAUACUUCAGUCUCAAUUUCCAAUCGUAACGCUCCACCACAUACGGUUCCGAUAUCAUAAUUUGAUGAUAGUGGCAGCAAUCCAGACCAUUGCCCUUGCGUCCUCGCUUUUCCAAACUUGGAAUCCACCGUAAUUUCGCUCCACAAUCCGAUCCGUGGUCGAUCCUGGACAGCACACACACACUUGAGCACCCACUCUCGGUAUGCAUGCCCUUAGAUAGUCCUCGCUAUCCCAUCGAGCGUUUUUCUCCAGAAUGACAUAUUUUCCAUAGGGCUAACAUCAAAUGCUCCAGCUUUUUCACACUUACCAGUACCUAUUCAAGAUUACCACAUCAUCAUCGGAUCACGCGUUGAUUGACUAAAUCUCAUCGAUACUUAUCAGCGCGUCGUUGACACUCUACAAUGUCUUCGUCGCGUUACACGCAGCAGCCGCUGCAAAUUUAUCAAGAUCCCGUCACAUCUUAUGAUAGCGCACCAAUGCCGUCGACGAAAAAUUCAAGAAAUUCAAAAAAACUAUCGCCCUUAAGAACAAUCAAGAACAACACCUCGAAACGAAAUGUGAUCUUCAACCCACCUCAAACUGGACCUAGCAAACACUCACCGCUGAAGUCGAAUAACAAUAUCUCAAGUUCGCCUUCGAGAGCACCACUUGGCAAUAAACUAAACAUGGUACCGAUGCCACCACCUUCAGGGUCACGAUACACUACCGAUUCGAUUGCGAAGAAGCAACCCUUUCAACCUAAAUAUAAAAGUGCCCCGCAGAAAGCACUAUUCACCACUUUCAUGAACACUCAACCUCAAGGUAAAGAGAACUGUCCACAUUCUAUAUAUUCGUCGCAUGCGCAACCACAUUUUCGCGACGAUUUUUCAACCAGCAACUUUUCCUUGGAAGGGUUGUAUGGUCGGAGACCUUCACUGAAGCGCUCUUUGAUGGAAGCAGCGCCCAUUCAGGAAGCGAAAGUUCAAAACAAGUCGAAAGUAGAGGAGGGAAAUGACACAUCAGGACCUCGAGAACUUCCGGAACCGGAUUCAUUCCCGCCGAUCCACGACGACGGCUUCAAACCUUCUCACAGUUAUGCUCAGUUGAUCGGCAUGUCGAUUUUAAGAGCUCCGAACCGACGCCUCACUUUAGCGCAAAUCUACAAAUGGAUAUCCGAUAACUACACCUUCUACAAUGCAGCGGACGCUGGCUGGCAAAACAGUAUUCGUCACAAUCUUAGUCUUAACAAGGCUUUUGUAAAACAGGAGCGACCAAAGGAUGAUCCAGGGAAAGGUAAUUAUUGGGCAAUUGUACCAGGGACGGAAUAUCAAUUCAUCAAGGAGAAGACUUCACGGAAGCCUGCAGGUCCCAACGAGAAUCUUCCGGUAUUAAACACAGCCCUGACACCCGUCGACCCACCAGAGCCUACACCACCCACGCCAAUGUUUAAGGAUUUACCCUCGUCUAGCCAAGAUAUCUCGUUGCCAAAAUCAACGUAUACCUUGCCAGACAACGAACUUCCUCCUAUUCCAGAGUUAUCCUCAGAUGCUACAAUUCCUGCUUCAGAAUUCAAUCACGAAGUUGAAGAGGAAGACGCCCCUCCAUCUUCCCCGCAAAUACAAUCAUCCCCACCAACAGGAUUAAUGCAUUCUUCUCCUCCUGUGGUUCGCCAUGCACCGAGACGUAAUCAUACCCCACCUGCUGUUCCACGCUUUCCAUUUUCAUCACAGACUAGAUCACACAAACGAAAGUUUGCGUCCAUGGAUGACAGUGGGUACUUUUCAUCACUUGAAUCUUCGGCUAUGAGACCAAAUGGUGUCAGUCGGUUGCUAACAUCUGAAGCUGAUCGACCAAGGAUUAAGCGUGGCCGAGCUGAGGAAGAAAUCGCUCGUCUUCGUGGUUCCUCGUACGAUAGCCCCAGCAAAGGCAGGUCGAUUAGUGGAUUCAUUCCACCAUCAUCCUCUCCAUUACGUCGAGCUCAACUAUAUGACAACUAUCAAAUGCUGCCACCCCUUACUCCUGCUGUCAAGUUAAAGGCUCCCCUGAAACCACCACCAUCAAUAUCUCCAAACACAAACCUCCGCAUGCAUCGUGAUAGGGUUAGAGAACUCGUUGGCUCGCCCAUCCGUGGCCUAACUGUUCUUGAAGAUAGUGCAUGGAGCCCAGCUUUCAAUCUUGACAAUAACCCCUACAUGUUUUCCGGUUAUGUGCCAGAUUUUGAUAUAUUCCAGGAUUCUACAGCAUCCUUUCCGAGUACGAGCAACGGAUCGCCAGAGAAGAGAUCAGCUAAAAGAUCUCGUUUGGAUCGAUCGAGAUCUGCAAACAUUUUAUCUGAUGUGACCAAUUCCAACUUGAACAAGAGCCUCACCUCUACACCGAUUCUCAAACUUACACCCUCGCUAGGUGGACCUUCAGCAUAUCUAUCUCCGACGAAAGGAGGUUUGAACUUUAUGGAUUCUCCAUGUAAACCAAACAUCUCACCUUUAAAAUUCAAUUCCCCAACCUUGAACCUUGGUAACUUCGACCUUCCUCAGGAUGAUUUUUUCAACUGUGAGUUUCUCACUGAAGAUCUAUCGGACUAUGCAGGUCUCGAUAUUACACAGCGCUUUCCCAAAAUUGGUUCCGGAACUCAACAACAAUCAAGGAAUACACCCAAAAAUCAACCACCUCGACCAUCGAUGGGCCGAAGUUCUACUUCACGCUUCUAGGCUGCUUGAACAAUAGUGUAUUAAAUGCACCCAUGAUGACUUAAUGAAUGUUACGACAUUAUGAAAUUUGAGCCAUCAACUUCUACCCUUCUUUAUCCAUGGGUGGAAGACGUUGAUAUUUGCUCAGGGGAGUUGAUAGGAUAUUGGUAGAGUUUGGGAAAGCCUCACGGCCUUUUGUUAAUGAUAAUGAUGUUUGGGUACAUAUUGUUUUGAUUAACAGGCCUUUUUUAUUCGUUUUUGUUUUUUUACUUGAUUUGCGUUGUCUUGCGUUUUUGCGUUGCUAUCUUCGGAAUUGGGAAACAAGUGUGGGUGGACUAUUUCUGUGUUUACGUUUGGAGUAGGUACUUAGCAAUUAGGGUGGGCGUAACUUCUCGGUCUUUGAUUUGUUGUACUCUCUGACUAUAUUUGGUACUGGACCUGGACAUGGAUCUGAAUUUCACAUAAUGCAUGGCGCUGUAGGGGGAAUAUCCAGUCAUAUUUCUGUAAUAGGGUUUGCAAAUGGGUAUGCGUUGGUGGAUAUCUGGAAUGAAGGGCAAACGGACGGAUGAAUAGGAAUGAAUCUAGCGAUUAAGGAGUUUUACAAAUUCUUAUAGUGAUAAGAAUUGAUUGAUGAUUAGGUUACUCUUGACUUGCUCGUUGUUAGACGGGAAAAUCAUUCAUUGAGAGUAUUAGGUUGGGAAAGGAUAACGAUAUAAAGAAAUCAUGAAAUGAGGGAAUUCCUUUCAAUAUAUAAA